UAGCAACGCAGUAAAAAUUGCGCUGACGUCCAUUCUGUUGGGGAGUAUUAUGGUCUGUCGGGAAUUCAGAGUGGCUGGGACUGGAGAAAAAUAUCGGCUCUGCUAACGUUAGCGUCCACCAAGCUAACGGUAGGUAGCAUUGGAGUAAACAUGGAGCUGUCUGCCGUCGGGGAGAGGGUGUUCGCCGCCGAGUCUAUCAUCAAACGGAGGAUAAGGAAGGGUCGGAUUGAAUACCUUGUGAAAUGGAAGGGCUGGUCUCCAAAAUACAGUACUUGGGAACCAGAGGAGAAUAUUCUGGACUUCCGCCUGUUUGCCGCUUUUGAGGAGAGGGAGCGUGAAAGGGAGCUAUAUGGGCCAAAAAAGAGAGGACCAAAACCCAAGACCUUUCUGCUCAAGGCUCAGGCUAAAAUUAAAGCCAAAUCCUAUGAGUUUAGGGGAGAUGCAGUCCGAGGGAUGCACAUCACCUACCCAACCCCAGAGCCAGUCGUCACUCCCAGGGCCAGAGAGGGCCUGAGAGCAGUUGUUCCUACAAUCUUCCCACCCAGCGCGGUCAACCGUGGAGAAAGUGUACGUGUCCGACAGCCAGAGCUGAGCGCCCGCGAAUAUCAGCAGCCUUCCCUUCAGCAAACUGGUCCAGAUGGACUCAUCCACAUACCCAAAAAAAGAGGCCCGAAGCCUAAGCCCCGCUUCAUGGACGGCAACUGCAGCACUACGGUCUUUGAACCCCUCAAGAGGAGAGCAGAGCAGCAGGGGAGCCACGGCCCUCACACACUGGCUAAGCUCCAGGGGGGUGAAGAGAUGAGGCUGAUCAACCACAGACAUCCAGAAAUCCACGGUCAUAAACGCCAUCAUCACCACCACCAUCAUCACCACACACACGACCGGGGAAGCUCCGGGGGAAGCUCCUUCAAUCAGCUUUACUUAGAGCGAAGCCUGCAUCCACACAGAACAGACAUGGACUCACACAGGACUAAGGACAGCUCCAGCUACCUGGCUCCUGUACACUUCAGGCACCAGUCCAGAAUGAGCCAGAGCCUGAGCUCUGAGCUUCCACAGAUGGAAAAGCCUUACUUCUUGGACAGGCCGUCCCCGACCAGGCUCGACGUAGACUUGGAUGAAGUGACGUGGAGGCCCUCCGUGGGAAACGUGGAAAAGGUCUUGGUGACAGACGUGACCACCAACUUCCUGACCGUCACCAUCAAGGAGAGCAGCACUUCAAAAGGCUUCUUCAAAGACAAAAGAUGAUGGAUUUCUUUCUGCCAUGCUUUGUUUAGCAUCCCAAUCAUUCUGAAGCUCAUAGGAGUGUGAUUAUUAAGCAAAGCAGUUAUUGUAUGUAAUGUAUAAAAGCUAAUUACAUAAUGUGGUAUAUGUGUAUAUAUUAUAAAGUUGGACAUCUGUUUUAUGUAUUGACAAAAUUAAAUGUAGUCCAUCACAUCUUGCACUGGUUAACAUGAACAUGUUUCCUUUGCAGCUGGCUACUUUCUGUACAGAGCUUGUGACUCACUAUUUUACAAUUGUAACUAACUAGAAUGUAUUUUUUUCAUUCUCAUAUCUUCCAACCUGAGCUACUGCUGCCAAAUUAUGAGAAGUAAGGAGAGGCUACGAUAUUAAAUUCAUUCUGUGGAUUGAUGAUUUAUCUAUAAUUUGAAUUGAUUAGACUGAAAAGUGCCCGUUCAAUUCAAUGGGGUUUAUAUUUAAAAAUGUACUCAAGCACUUUGAAUUCAAAAGUAUUAAGAAAUUGUUCCGUUUGUGUUGUAUUCAAAGACCGAGUCUGUGUCGGAAUUUGUAUUGUCUCUAACAUUUCUAAUUGUAAGAUUAAUUAAGAAAUUCAAUACGGACACUCUACGAGUUUUCCCAAGGUGUAUACCUACAUUUUUCCACUACCAUGGUAUAUUUUACAUUUUCAUAGAAAACGUCCAUAAAGCUUUAAUGUAAGAAGAUAAUAACAGAUUCGGUGUCAGUUUGCUUUUUAGACGCUUUACAAUAAACCCUUUGAAUUUUCUCA